GAUUUAGCAUUUUCCAAACGUGCGAAUUUAAGUUCACAAAUAUAAAUUCAGACACACACACAGCCACACAGCAGACACACAAUUAUCUUACAAAACGUACUUAUAAACAUUAGAUAUUCUUGGUUUCUUACAACUAGGAAAUCAGCAGAGAGUUCCGGGUUGAGUUUGAGUUUGACCAUGUUCAUGAUUUCUGCUCAAACGUUGACCAUUUGCAAGGAUGCAGCUGGUGUGGCUGGUAACAUCUUUGCUUUUGGGCUCUUUAUAUCACCGAUACCCACUUUUAGGCGUAUUAUGAGGAACCAGUGUACGGAAGACUUCUCAGGUCUUCCAUAUCUAUAUGCCCUCUUGAACUGCUUGAUUUGUGCUUGGUAUGGCACGCCAUUUAUGUCAGAUGAUAAUGUGCUGGUUACUACUGUCAAUACAAUUGGUGCCAUGUUUCAGUUAACUUAUGUUAUCCUCUACAUUGUUUAUGCGGAAAAAAGCAAAAAGUUAAACACUUUUGUGUUGCUGAUGGCAAUUUUUGGUGUAUUUGCAAUCAUAUUAUCUGCAAGCUUAUUUUUACUAGACCGACCAACACGCCAUCUCAUCGUUGGAUUCUUGACUUGUGCUUCACUGAUAUCAAUGUUUGCUUCCCCAUUGUUUAUAAUCAGAUUGGUGAUUCGAACAAAGAGUGUUGAAUUCAUGCCCUUUUACCUCUCCCUUUCAACAUUCGCGAUGAGUGUAUCAUUCAUGUUGUAUGGAAUCUUCAAUUUUGACCCCUUCGUAUAUGUCCCAAAUGGAAUAGGAACAAUUCUAGGAUCUGUGCAAUUGUUGCUGUUUCUGUAUUACGAAAGAAAAGAUACGGAUCACACUAGAGAACCCUUGAUAGAGUCAUUUCCGUAAGAAGGUGCCUUGGCUAUGUACAAUUGUAUAUCUUAUUUGUUUUUACUUGAAAGGAAUUUUUUCUCUUGUCGAGAAUUCACUCCAUUGAAAACCAUAGCCAUGUUGUUUCUUUUUAUGGCAUAAUCGAGAAUGGACAAUUAUUCAUCGGAUUUCUGGUUCACUUGCUUGCUCAGUAAUCAUUGAGCAGGCCAUUUCCAAUUGGUUAUGACUGCUCAUGCGUCAUUUUUUUCUUGUA